CCCCUCACGCCAUAGACUCGCAGCACACCCCUCUGCAGCUGAAUAUGUCGUCCUUUUUCUCCAGCGUGUAAGUCUUGGCGCUGCUCUCUCGGCCACAUCCCCCAUAGUUGGGCCUCGUAUACGUAUCUGAUACAGGCAUCCGAUUGUCUGUGUUUCGCACUCACCGUUAUUCCCGCAUGUUCCUCUCCUAAUCUUGUCUGCUACUUCAUAUCAAAUACGUCCGGUCUCGGAAUGGUGUGGUCCCUUUCUAACAUACACCCACCAGACGCCAAGGGCUAGCUGGUCGAUCCAACAAGGGCAAUCAGCAACAGCAACCAGGCAAAAGCGGCACACCUCCACCAACUGGACAGUAUUCCCAAUCACCUACAUCGCAACAGGCUUCUCAACCACCUAUGCCGCACUCUCCAGCAAUGUCGGCCUCUAUGUCGUUCGAUGCUGGUGCGGAAAGUCCCGCCCAGUCUGGCAACCGCAGACCGCCUUUCUUCUUCCGUGAGGAGUACUCCAAUUUGAUCGUUAAGGGCAACUUCAUGACCCUGGCCGCAAAGCCAAAGCUUGUCGAAGAGGGUGAAUGGCUCGCACAUCAAGUUGUCGAACAAUACCGACUGCUUGAACAGAUGAUCGAAGUCAUCAAGGUCAUCGAUGAUCGAACAGGCAAGCCAAUCUGCAAUCCAGAUGUCUGCCCAACCAUGUCAGCUAGCGGACACACAUACACCUGGCUUGACAACAACAAGAAACCCAUCAAGAUCCCCGCCAUCCAAUACAUCAACCUGGUACAAAAAUGGAUCGUCGGCAAAAUCAACGACCCCUCCAUCUUUCCCACAGACACCACCCCUUUGAACCUGAGCCCUUCAACCUACACCUCCGGCUCUGCGACCCCGGGGAAUUCGACACCCCAGGCUCUUCCCCCAUCCUCUCUCAACGCGCCACUCUCGCAGCUUGCGGGACGCGAAUGGCUGGGCAAGUCGUCCGGGUUCCCCGAGACGUUCGAAUCAGACAUCAAGAGCAUUUACCGGCAGAUGAUGCGUUGCUACGCCCACAUCUACCACGGGCACUGGCUGGAGCCGUUCUGGAACGUAAACGUGUACAAGGAGUUGAACACGUGCUUCAUCCACUUCAUCAACGUGGGGCGCCUGUAUGGGCUGAUUGGCGAUAAGGAAAUCGAGCCCAUGCAGCCGCUGAUUGAGCUGUGGACAGAGAAGGGGCUGCUUCCUGCGGCGGCCAAGGCGGAGCAGGGCCCGCCUAGGAGCUCGGGUGGCCAGAGCGCUGUGCCUGCUGCCGCCUAGGCUGUGAUCGGGAGAUGGGGUGAGAGAUCGGUUGUUUGAUAUGGCGGGCUCGCGGUCUGUGACCGCGUGGCAUCGUGUUGCGUAUUCACGAUGAUGUUGAGAAUGUUGAGUAUUUGCUUGCGUUCUGGAAUCAUACAAGCAUGCAUAGCAUAGAACAAAGAUGAAACAUGAACUCAUUAGCAC